GUGUUUUUUGCAUAACACCUCUUCAAUGUUGCGAACAUCCUGUUUGGGGAACCUGGCAAGUCGAUGUCGCACAAUUUACUGACGAGUAAUUUAUGCGUCUGAGAGUGAACCAACUUUGCGAACUGACGGUAGCAGGUUUCAAGGAUUGCGCCGGCGAUGGGGGACAUGAAGACCCCUGAUUUCGACGACUUGCUGGCAGCUUUUGACAUUCCUGACAUUGACGCAAACGAAGCCAUUCAGUCAAGUCCGGAGAAGGAACCGGAUGAGAUGGGGACCAACUCGGAUGAGGGAGAGAGCGGGUCACCUUCAUGCUUCCCCUGCCCUCCGGCCUCACAUAGCGACCUCCCUGUGGUCAGUGUUAUUGUGAAGAACACGGUGCGAUCCGAGUCUCUGGAAGAAGAAGAGCCGUCCCACAGCCACACAACCGUCCUGGUGGGUGAGCUCACCUCACAGCUUGGUGCAAAGAUGCCAGAUGACGAUGCCGUGGAGCCACAGAUCGCCAACGGCUUUCAGGGCUCUGUCCCCAGGGCUCAGGGACAGUCCAAAACACCGCAUUGGCACCCUUGUUCACCAUUGAGGACCACACUGGAUUUCACCAAGGGUAAGAGCCCUAAAGGAGCUGCAGUUGGAUUGGUCCCACACGCAACUGAUGUCAUAAAUAGUUUAAAACCCCUCCCUGUCCUCCAGUCUUCGAUUAGGACUGGUCCUCACUUUCCCCGUCGCUCCCCUGAGAAGGAUGAAACGUGUCUCCUCAGUAAUCCAUCGUCCUCCCCUUUAUCACAAAAUGGGAGUUUUAAGGCUGGAGUUAAACAUGUUAUGCACUCCGAUGAAGAGGACUCCGAGCCUGACUUGGGAAGUCCGCUGGUGAUCCAGGAGAGCCCAGAAUCCGUGAUGUCCUCCCCUCCCAAAUUUCAAUAUCAGGCACAACUACAGUCUGAGAUCCUUGGCUCUUCUGAAUACCAUCCCCGUCUUGUCCCUCACCGACCUCUGCCCUCUCUGGCAUCUGCCAUACCUAAACCCAAGCUUGAGGAGCACGGGCAACCCACAACCCUCAGUGGUGCCUCCACAGCUCCUCAGCCACACAGCCCCCAGGACCGCCUCGCCGCUCUCAACACGGGCUUCGCAUCCGUCCAAGAGGACAAAUACCCAGAGCACGUGAUUGAUGAAAGGGACUCCCCCGAGAGCCCACCGCCGAGCGAGACGGGUCUCUUUGUCCCCAAGGGAAGCAGCAGCCCUGAUUCGGCCCAAGCAGCAGCAAACAACACGGACUCAGCUCACAAAGAGGAGCUCAAGGAAGAGGACAGACCGGCGGAAAGUGAGAAGUUGAGUGAAAAGGUGGCUGUGGAUAAGGAACACUUAAACGAGAAGAGCUGCGGCGCUGGCCCUGAGGGUUCUGGGCCUGCCGGCGCGGAAAAACCAAUUUCAUCUCAGUCGCAACCCCUCAAAGUGAAAAUCAAAAUGCCCUCGGGUGGCAUCACAAGGACCGUGACUGCCGCUGCCCCUAAAAAAAGCGGAAGAGCCAUUCCCAAGGUUGUGAAUAGUUCAAAACCUUCAGCAGAACGUCAGAGCACCAGAUCCAAGAGGGAGCCGCCCCAGUCGUCUCCGACGCCUGCGAUGGCGAUGCUGCAGGACGCCUGCGCCGCAACGCUGGAAGGCGCCGGCGCGGCCAAAGACAAAACCGCAGCGGACGCCAAGCUUAAAGUCUCUCCAACGGCUGUCAGCAUCACCAAAACCGCAGCCCUGCCCACCAUCUCCGUGUCCGCUGCGAGAGUCCACCCGGGCGGGGCGAACCCGCGCAGCCUGGGUCAAAAAGCUGUGAGCGGUGCGGCGGCUCCUCCUCCACCCUCACCCGUGCUUACGCCUCAAACCAGCAGCAGACCAGCCUCCAUAGUUAACAGCACCGGGGCGAUCAUAUCCAAGACACAGACCAACCUGGUGGAAGCUUUCAACAAGAUCCUCAACAACAAGAACCUCCUGCCCAGUUAUAAACCAGAUCUGAGCUCUCCUCUCCCUGCAGAGUGGGGCCUCCCACUGCCUGCACAGGGCUACCGCUGUCUGGAGUGCGGCGACGCUUUCGCCUUGAACCAGAGCCUGGCGCGGCACUACGACCGCCGCUCGCUGAGGAUUGAGGUGACCUGUAAUCACUGCGCCAAGCGGUUGGCCUUCUACAACAAGUGCAGCCUGCUGCUACACGCCAGAGAGCACAAGGAGAGAGGCCUGAUCAUGCAGUGUUCCCACUUGGUCAUGAAACCUGUCCCGGUGGAGCAGAUGAUCGGCCACCAGGAACCCGCAGCAACCGGACCAUUGUCAACAUCCUCUUCAGGCCAGGCCGCCCCAGCAGCCGCGGCACGUCAAGCAGUGUCCAAGAAGAAAGGCGAGGCAGUGCACUACACGGGUAACAAGUGUCCCGAGUGCCAGGCUCAGUUUCACAGCAAAGAAGAAGUUGCCGAGCAUUUCCAAGAAAUCAAACCAGCACAAACCUCUUCAUGCACAGAGUGCACCCCUCCAAUGCUUCUGCCCAAUAGCUGCAGUGGCGCGGCUCAUAAGCGCAUCCACCAAAGCAGCCCGCCGCGCGUCUGCCCCGAGUGCGGCGGCACGGCCAAGCAGUCGCUGUUUCAAAAGCACCUCGACGAGACCUGCUUGCACUUUGCACGGCGCAUUGGAUACAGGUGUUCCAGUUGCCUGGUGGUGUUCGGCGGGCUUAACUCGGUGAAGUCUCACAUUCAGCAGGCCCAUUGUGACAUGUUCCACAAAUGCCCCAGCUGUCCUAUGGCGUUUAAAUCUGCUCCGAGCAUACAGAGCCACAUCAGUGGCCAACAUCCAACGCUCACUGAACGACAGACCAUGUUAAUAUAUAAAUGCGUCAUGUGUGACACCGUUUUUACAAACAAGUCUCUGCUGCACAUCCACUUUGAAACCCACUUGACCAAUCAAAAGGUGCACGUGUUUAAAUGCCCCGAGUGCACCAAGUUGUUUUCUCAGAGGAAUUCUCUUCUGGAUCAUUUCAAGACCCAUAAGACGUCCAUUUCAAAACGAGAGUUGCCUUCACCUGCAGCGGUUCCCCCUCGCCCGCGGCCGCCGGUGAAGUUGGAGAGCUCGAAGGGAGAGGAGUCGAGGAACGAAGAGAAAGUGAAGCCGGAGAAGAUGAAGGCCCCCUCCGGCUGGAAGUGUGCGCCUUGCCACGCACGCUACACGGAUCGGGAAGACUACAUCACCCACAUGGCUGAACAGCACAGCAAGAGUCUGAAGAAGUUUCCUUGUAACAAGUGUGAGAGUUCUUUCACCACCACCUCCAGCAUGAGACGUCACAUCAGAGACAAACACAAAGCCGCCAACCGCUGCUUUCGAUGCCAGUUCUGUAAUGAGGGUAAGAAAACGUUCAGCAGCAGAGCGAUGUUGGAGAGACAUGUGCAGCAAAGACACAGCUCGGAACAAGGAAGCCAGAACCCUCCGACGGGAGGCGCAGAUGAAACCGGCAGUUCCUCAGAGCAGGACAGUAGUUCGGGGCCUUGCCCGAGAGGAGCUUUGAAGACGGAGCGGGACGAAGAGCCCGCAGAUGGAGCUGGUCCAGUGAAGAAGAUGCGCUCCUCCUCCCCCCCCGGCCCCAUCUGCCUCCCUGAGUCCGGGUUCCGCUGCUCCCCCUGCGGCUUCGCCUCCGCGGACCACGCGCUGUUCCUGGAGCACAUCGGCCAGCACCGGCGCGCAGGCGCGGAGGGCGGCGGCCAGCAGUGUCUGCAGUGCGGCGCCUGCUUCACCUCCGUCUCCGCGCUGUCACGCCAUCGCUUCAUCACCCACAGAGUGAGAGAUGCCGAUAGCCAGCAAUCCGUCGGUUCGCAGCCGGCGCCGUGGAAGCACGAGAGUAAGGGCUCCCUGGACGGCUCGGCGCCAGCGUCCCCCGCCUCGCAGGGGAAGGACGAGGAGGGCGCGCUGGCCUGCAGGGUGUGUGACAAACAGUUUGAAAAGGCCACCGACCUGACCACGCACUUCAGAACUCACGGCAUGGCUUUCAUCAGCGCGAGGAACGUCGGGAAGGCUCCCUAGAAUACCCGCUUUAGAGCACUGAUGGUUGGUGGUAACAGAAUAUUUGCAAGUGCCUUAUAUACUGUUGACGCAUUAUCACGGAGUCGGUUAGCAACACUUUUAAGAAUCCACCCAAAGAAAGCUGAUAUAACACAGUAAAUCCAUCAAAUGGUAUUUUUAAGCGGUGACCUUUGACCUGACACUCAGGAUCUGAAGCAGCAUUUCUGUGCUCCGUGGUGAAGACUAAGAAGACACUUUAAAGUGCCCCAGAGUUACGAUCCUAUUCUAAUUGUGAUGACUGUUUUCUUGACUGUUGAUAGUUUGCGAUGUAUUGUGUCUGAUUUAACUAUUUUCAUCCUACCGAGAUGUGUGAACUGCAACCGAGGUAUUUUUCUGCUAAGUUUCUUUUGUUUGUUUUUCUGUAUAUUCUACAAUAAGCGAUACAACGGGUUUAGAAUGUUGACUCAGUCACUGUAACAUGUGUGUACCUUUUUUUUAUGGCCAUUUUCCAAAAUGUAUAAUGUUUCAUAAGGAUUCCCAACUCUGGCAUCGAUGCAAAGAUUACAUUUUGUAACAAAGACUCAUUUUGGACCUGCUUCAUUUAAUCUAACUCAUACUGCUGAAACUAUAUUUUGGAAUAUAUAUUUUUGCAUGGAAUAAUCAUUGGACUUUCUCCCCCAUAGUUCAUCUAUAUUAUGAAGGAACGUCCACACUGUCAGUGUCACGGUGACCAAAGACUUGCAUAUAUGUGAUGUUGCUAAUGUCUCGAGACUAAAUUGAAAUCGGAACCCAUUUAAUAUCUUCUGGAGUUGAUAACAUGUCUCAGCAGGUUUGAAGCCUAUGUAUAUUUAUAUUUUAAAUAAAAAUCUACCAAUAAGUAUACACUUCCAAUAUUUUAUUGAUGACCUGAAAUUGACCAAAAAUAGUCUUGUGAAAGAUUUUGAAGGAAACCAUUUGGCUCAUUUACGGUAUUUUGAGAGGCUUUAAUUUUGGAAUGGUGCAACAGAAUGUCCUGGUUAUACGUUGAAAUAAAAUCCAAA